AGUUAUAUUAUUAUGAUAAGUUAGUGCGGCACCGAUUUUGUUCGUUGUUAGACGUAUUCUGUCUGCAUUCUCAUCGAUUUCUAGCACAGAGUACUUAAUACUUUUCUGAGUUUAUGGUGUUAUUGUAAUGUUUUAUUCAAAAAACAUACCUAAAUAACAUUAUUACAGUGGUUUCUUCGUCGACACGAUCUCGUUGGUUUUAGAGUUUUUCGAUAUUAAUUCUCAUGUUAUCCGAAUGCGGUGUUGUUGUGGUUUUUCGAUUUGGAAUCGUAAUGCGGAGGAAAAUGUUAUAAGAAACAAAUAGACCGGCAGACUAAACCAAUACUAUUAUUAAAAAAAAUUAAAAAGUAAAACCGCGAAAACCAAACGCGAACGAAUCGAACUUCACUGAAUCAUAAAUGUUGCCAUCGGAAAAAUAACAUAUUAACCCCGACGCUGCGAAAAAACGACAACGAACAAGGACAGAGCUAUACGCGCGAGCGGGAUAGCUAGCUGCGUCCCGAAAUAGUGCAUUCGGAAAUAGAAAAAAAAAAUGCUCAGCUCGCAGUCAGCGUCCGAAAGUGAGGCGUCAGAGUCGCGCGCUUCCUCAUGGAAACCAUGGACAGCUAUGGCAGACCUAGCUGAAGCAGUCGACGACCUCAUCUGCAGUUUCGACUACAUGGACACAGCUAUGGACAACCUGGUCAUGUUGGUGUUCAUAUGGAUGGUGCUGUCCAUAGCGAUCAUCGCGAUCGCCAAAUGGGCGUACGGGAGGUUCGCUAAAAAGACGACGGACGCUGAUAAACCAAAAAUCGAUGAGACGAAGAAAACAACGAACGAAAUAGUAUCCAGUGCUGAUAGUGUGCUCGCUACCAGUGCUAAAGUUAAGAGUGCCUCGUUCAAGCCGACUAAAGCGACGGGCUUCGUGCCCGCCACUCCACCGAACAAGAAGAGGUUGGGGCGCAUGUCCCCGGGACCAGAGCAGUUGACCGUCAAAAAGCAUCAGUCAGUGUCCGUGCCCACAUGCACGGGCGGAGAUCAGCCGAGCGUGCAAUGGGUGAACGAUGUACUGACGUGGCUCUACAACGAUCUAGUUAUCGUAAACGAACUCGUGCAGCAAUGGAUCUCGUCCAUGAACGAGUUCUCGAAGAAAUCCGUCGAGGAGCAAGGAAUCGGCGUGGAGAUAGUACGAGCGUUGGACAGCCACCCGCCCAAUAUAUCGAAUGUAUUCAGCGAGUGUGACUCCAAGGAUGACGUGACGAUAACCUGCGACUGUGAAGCCACUCCAGCGUUUCAAGUUAAAGCCUUCAGUCAGCGAGGGGAGAAAGUGGAAGUGUCACAUUACAGAGUCAACGUGAAUAGGUUCCGCGCCCGCCUCAACGUGGUCUGCGUGACAGAUAAGCUCACAGGAGACCUCAAGUUUGACGGGUGGCCAGAAGUCAAAGUGGCACUGGCGCCGGUCGGUCCUUUGAGGCCGAACGCCACUGAAUCCAACCUACAGCAGUUGAUCAGUGACAUUGUCGUGAAUGCCUUAAGAAAUUCCCAUCUGCAGUUUAAUCUGUCUCAAUACCCGACCUGUCCUAGGCUGAGACGUUACGUUGAGACAUCCUCGCGCCUACCCCUGCACUAUGAUUCCAUGUUACAGCACGACCGUCACAUGUACACCUCGACUCCGAACUCAACGGCCGGCAGCGGUCUACUCGGAGACAAGAGGUUGCUGGUCAAGAUCGUCGGUGCCAAGGACCUGGGAGGUAAAACUGGGUGCAUAGCACCGUACUGCGUGGUGGAGAUGGACGAGCCUCCCCAGAAGAACCAAACCGGCUUCAAGAAGGAAACCACGAGUCCUCAGUGGGACGAACACUUUUUGUUCGACCUGUCUCCGCAGACCGCGGAGUUGCUCUUUGAGGUCUACGACCGGACCGGACCCCCGUCCCCGGGGGGCGGAUCCUCGCAGCACAGGUUCUUAGGUCUGGGCUUGGUCGGUAUUGACGAACUGUUGGCGGCGCCCUCCCAGAGACAACAGCUGGCUCUGCAGACCAGGCCUAUGGAACAACACGACGUCAGCGGCACCCUCACCGUCGAGUUCCUCUUCAUCGACGGCCCCGACAUCCCGGACUUCGGCUCCAGACCGGUCAAGAUCAAGGAGAGCCUCAGGACCGUGUCCCCUCACGGCCAACUCACCACCACCACCAAGACCACCUUCCAUCAGAACGGGAUACCAGCACAGGACAACUCUAAGCUGACGGAGUCCGCUCUCAGGGAGCUGGAGCUCAGUCCGACAGGCGCCGCCAACAAGUCCACCCUCAUCAUACACUCGGUGCAGAGAGAACCCAAGAAGUCUAUAAUGGUCGAACUAACCGACUCCGGGAAAUUCAUUGAAGUCGAACGCGCAGACGCCAUAGACAAACAGGAAACGGAAGCGAAACCAUUAGAUAAAAUCGAAGAGGCGGUUACAGAUAAAAAAUCUGUCACCCCGAACCAAUCUCCCGGCAAAAGUGUAAGGAUCAAAGAGAACGGUAACAAAGUCAACGGAGAGAACAAUGAUUCGCAAGGAGGCUACGUGAACAACCAGACGGAUAACAUGUCCCCCGAGCCGGCUCCUAGGAAGAGAAGGAGAGAUUUCUUCGGAACUAUCAAGAGAAGACUGGGUCGAUCUCGUACUCGCGGUCAGUCACUGGAGAUGACGGACUCCGAACUGGAGACCCAGAACAGGAUGCGUAGCGUCAGUGCCGAGAGGAACUCUCAUGAAAAAGCACUGGCAAUACCGAACCGCAACGUGUAUUCGGCGGGCGCCUCUCCCGCGCAGUCCGGAGACGAAUCCAGAACUUCAAGGAGAUCAUCCCUCAGCGAAGUGUCCGGAUUCAGUACAGCGUCAGCGAGGACCUUCAUUCACGAGGCCUCGACCUUGGUGCUGGAGACUAUAGAGGCCGGUAUAAAGAAGCAUUACCUUGUGCCUCUGGCGAUCGCUCAAAGGUCGAAGUGGCGACGGAAGGGCGUCAAACUGCAUAUUUACAAUGAGCACACGUUCAUUGCCAAACAUCUGAGCGGCGGCACCGUGUGCGCCGUGUGCGACAAGCCGGUGGCACGGCGGCUCGGCAAGCAGGGCUACGAGUGCCGCGACUGCCGGCUGCGCUGCCACAAGCACUGCCACGUGCGUGCGGCCGCCGCCUGCCCCGCCUCCACCGUGCACGACAUGGAGCUGACUUACAUCUCGUCCCCUUACGCGGACAGGAACAUAAGGAUGUUGUGAUUUGGUAAUUAAGAGAAAGAAGAAAUGAAAUUUAAAAAAAAAAACGCUUAUUAAAAAUGCACAAAACGACGCCAUAAAUAUAUUUACUUAAUAAAUAAAUAAAACCAUAUAUUAUAAUAUAUACAUAUAUUUAAUUAUACUUAAAAGUAUAUACGCUGGCUACAGCUUUUGUUUUUGUUUUUUACAAAUUUAUAAGAAUUUGUGAUAUAGCGGUUCGAAAUGUUACCAUAUGAGUUCGCUUACAAAGUUACCAGUUAUAGAGGUUAGAUGUAGACAACGCUAGUACCUAAUCGCCGAAGCCUUUUCUACUAAAAAUGUAUAACUAAAUAAGCUGGAUUAUCGGAUAAUACGAAUGUGCUGAAGUAUUUUUAUUUUGAACGCAUCCAAUCUCAGAAAUUUCUAGAACAAUAUUUAAAUUAACUUUCAUUCGACUUUCCGCUUGAGAAUGUUCCAGGCGAUAUAGUUUCGCGCCAAUAAAACGGGCACAGAUACACUAUACAGAUGGGUGCGAACAAAAACCGUCGUCGUGGCCUAAAGGAUAAGACGUCCGGUGCAUUCGUAUCGAGCGAUGCACUGGUGUUCGAAUCUCGCUGGCGGGUACCAAUUUUUCUAAUGAAAUACGUACUCAAUAAAUGUUCACGAUUGACUUCCACGGUGAAGGAAUAACAUCGUGCAAUAAAAAUCAAACCCGCAAAAUUAUAAUUUGCGUAAUUACUGGUGGUAGGACCUCUUGUGAGUCCGCACGGGUAGGUACCACCGCCCCGCCUAUUUCUGCCGUGAAGCAGUAAUGCGUUUCGGUUUGAAGGGUGGGGCAGCCGUUGUGACUAUACUGAGACCUUAGAACUAUAUCUCAAGGUGUGUGGCGCAUUUACGUUGUAGAUGUCUAUGGGCUCCAGUAACCACUUAACACCAGGUGGGCUGUGAGCUCGUCCACACAUCUAAGCAAUAAAAAAAAAAAAAAAAAAAAAAAACUUGAAACGUGAUAAAAAAAAAACACAAUAUUUUUUUUCUUUUAAUACGUUAACUGCCUUGUAGGUCACAGGUGCCCUACGCGGCGCCCUGAAGUAAUUAUGACGAUGUAUCCUCUUCUAUCUUCUUAUUAAGGCGCCGGAAUAUCUAGAAGACUCUGGGAGAUACGAAUCCGAAGGAUACUGAGAAUGAAUCUAUUUCUAAGAGACCUAAAAUACUAAAUCAUAUAUAUUAACAAACAAAAGAAGGCAAAUUCAGACAAUCCAGGCGCCUAAAUAAUUACUUCAGUGCGCCGCGUCAAUUUCAUUCACCUCGAUUAGACCUUUGGUUUUCAGUGUUACAAUGCGAUUAUCGGCACAGUUUUUUUUUGGUACAAUUUAUUUCGACACUGAAAUAAGUAAUUUACGCCGACCUAAAUCCUGCUUCGAACUGUCGGUUGGCAAACGUUAUAUUUGACAAGUUUUGUUCCUUAACUCUAUGGUAUAAAGAGAGUAUUUAGAUCCUAGAUGUUCUUGACAAGGCGCGAACGCAAUUCUUUAAGCUAAGUAAUGAUACGGCCUUAUUAGGAUACGUCGAGCCGCUGCCAAUGUGGAAACCGAGGGAGAUUGAUAAUUGUGAAUUAAUUUUCUUGAUUAUAUUCAGUAAAUUAGUAAAUAGGUGGUGUAUGCGAAACUCGAAUCCGGUUUGGUAAUAUCGAUCAAAUUUAAGGACAUCCAUUGGUAAGAUAAUCUUGGAGAGUUCACGUCACGCGUAUCCCCAAACUAAACUAAACACGGGUCGACACAAGAAGUUCACGUCCUUACGGAUCCAUCAGAUCUAAUAACUUUUGCAUUAGACGCCUUCAGCUCUAACACUAGGAGCAGGCUUAGGGACCCCGGUAGCCGUGCAACCUAACCUAAACAUCAGCCCGCUGUGUUUCUCGCCGGAUCUUCUCAGCGAGUCGCGAUUCCGAUCCGGUAGUAGAUUCAUUCGCGAAGCAGCUGCUCUUGAGUUGUUAGGUCUCCUUCGGAGGCGCUCGGGCAGCUGUUAGCAAAUCCCACCCCUCCUGGCUGAGUCUUUGCUCGCCCACCUGUCCUGGUGAAACUGGAAAGGCCUCUGCGACACCAGUAAACCUUCAAUCAUAAAAAAAAAACAUGAGGCUAUUAAGGCAUUGACCCCGCCCGUCAUCUGAUUUAAAUUUGUCUUACAUCCAGCGCCCUACAAAUGUUUUGAGGUUACGAUUUUUUUUAAUUAUCGUGUUUGAAAACAACACCACCUGACAUCGUUCUCGGGAAAAAAUCUCCCAUACAAUGUUAUAAAAGCAAAGGGAAUCCACGCGCUUUAGCUUACUUUAAAUUACCAACUCCUAAGAAUAUUACAAAAAAAAAUUAGUUUUAUAAUAUUUACGUACGUACACUAAAGGAUUUCAGACUUUAUUCCUUAUAUUUUCCGUGACGAAGCACGUAGGUAAUCGAAAUAUUAAAAUUAUCUCCCCUCUUCCCUUACAUCCCUCCCCUAAAAUAUAAUACAAUAAAUUUUAUUAGUUCGUCUGAGCUACACUUUUUUUUUUUAAUUUAUAUCUCGUAAUUAAUUAAUUUAAAAUAUAUUUUUUCUUUGAAUUAAAUAAUUUUUAUACAUUGUAGCGAACGUCAAUAGCUUGUGAAACAAUUAUUUGGACGAGCAGAAAUGUAUGAAGUUAAAAUAUCUCAAGUUAAAACUAUGUAGGUAUAUGAAGAGACAGAGAAAUUCCCAAGAAAUAUAUAAAAAAAAGGUAUAAUAUAAAGUCUUGAAUUUGUUUGUAAAAAAACACUUUGGUGCUAAUACAGUUUAUUUUGAUUCACUCGGAACAAAGUCUGAAAUCUCUGGUGUUAAUUCUCAUUAAAAUAAGUUAUUAAGUGUUAUCAUGUAAUGUGUUUUAUAUUUUUAUUUUAUUUUUUGUUUAGAGUGUGACUGACAAAGUUUAAUUGUGUUGUCGAUUAUUUUGUAUAUUUUUUUUUGUAUAUUUAAAAACCUUUUUUAUUCGAAUACUUAUUAGAUUUAGAUAAAAUUCGAAAAACUUGUCUUUAAUGAAAUUAUGCACAAAGGAUUUUUGAAGCUGAUUAUUUAUAAAAGCGCCUUGAUUGGCUUUUGUAAAAAAAAAAAUAUACAAAAUAUCUUGUAUUUAAAUAUUUAUGUGUUGUAAUAAUGUGAUUCAUAAUAAUAAUAUAUAGGUACAUGACAAUUUACUGAAAUAAAAAUAUACCUUAUUUGAAUUAAGUUUUGUCGGAUAGCGUUACAUAUAUUUGUUCUUUUACAAAAAUUACAUACAUAAUAUAUUUAUUGUUUGUAUUAAAUGUUACGAAAUUAUGUUUGUUAAAAGAAUACCUACCUACAACAAUAUUUUCCUUUUUUUAUUUUUAAUAAAAGGAGUUUUUUUUUUCAAGAAAA